CGCAGCCCGUUGCAGAGCCCGGGGCGGCCAGAGCCCCGCCAUGUCGCGACCCAACCGGCAGGAGUACAAGUACGGGGACUUGGUGUUCGCCAAGAUGAAGGGCUACCCACACUGGCCGGCCCGGAUUGACGAGGUCCCUGAGGCCACCGCCAAGUCCACAGCCAACAAGUAUCAGGUGUUUUUUUUCGGGACCCACGAGACGGCAUUCCUGGGCCCCAAAGACCUCUUCCCUUACGAGCAGUCCAAGGAGAAGCUGGGCAAGCCCAACAAGAGGAAAGGCUUCGGCGAGGGCCUGUGGGAGAUCGAGCACGACCCCACCGUCAAGGCGUCUGCAGCCAAGCCCGCCCAGAAGAAGAGGAGCCGGGGAGAGACCAAGCCCCGGGCCGCAGCCGGGGACGGCGAUCGGAAGGGCAAGGACGAGGGGAGCAGUGAUGAGGAGGGGACGCUGGUCAUGGUCAUCGAGGAGCCGGCUGCGGAGAAGAAGGAGAAGGGGGCACUGAAGAGGAGAGCAGCGGAGCUGCUGGAGGAGCCCCCUAAACAACCCAAGGCAGCAGAAGACGCCGCAGUGGAGGAGAAGGCGGUUGCCAUCUUGGCGGCAGAGCAGCUCGUGUCUGCUGAGGUGGAGAACGGCGCCACCUCCGAGCAGCCUCAGGAGAAAGAGGAGGAGGAAGAGGCUGCCAAGAAGGCUGAGGUCCCCAGCGUCAGAGAUCAGGAGAGGUUGCUGGAUUCUAUACCUCAGCUUGAAGUCUAAGAAAUACGAGACAGAAAACCCAGGACACUCGUCGUCAUGUUAUUUCCAGAUCUGGAGAUCCCUGACUGACCUGGCUGCUUCUCUCUACCAUUCAGAGUCUUAAUUUUAUAUUGUUUUAUGUAGAGUGUCCAAAGUAUGUAUGGGUACUUAGCAGGGGAAUAGGAAAAUGUAUGUCUACUCCAUCUUCUCAAAAGUCAAUAUCUAAAUAUAUUUUUUAAACUAAAGAAAGUCCCCCAGCUAUUUGCUGAAUAAAUAGCUUUUACUGUUUCAA